GGGACUUUUUCUUCUGCUUUCUUUUGCUUCUGGAGCUCCCGACGUAACUCAACGCACUUAGCUGAGCCGUUUGGAUGGGGGUUCCUGCACGAGAUAGGUCAUUUUAGAGGCGCGCGGCGACAUUUGGGGGAGGCUCCUUUCGUACCUGAGGAGAGUGGCGGAGGGAGACGCUUUGUUGUUGAUGGCACAGCCUCAGCGGAGGGUAUUGAGAAAGUCCAAGAUGGCGGCGGCUGCCAGGCCGAGGGGACCCGGCAGGCCCUGAGUCCGGGAAGGGAGGGCUGUGAGAGCGGCACCGGGCCCGGAGAGGCACCAGGGAGACCCCGGAGAGGAGGCGGGAGCAAGGCUAAGGGGAGCGGCGACCCCGGGGAACCGCUACGGCCGAGCGGCCUAGUUAACCCUCUUCCGUCAGGCCUGCGGCUCAAGUGAGGGGGAGGGGCCGGGUAUGGCCCCCUGAGGGGCCCCGGGAGGGAGGAGCGGGCGGGGGGCAUGGAGUCCCGGGAGGAGCUGGGGGAGCAGACCGAGGCGGGAGACCAAGGCCCGGGAGAGUGGGCGCCUCGCGAGGAGAAAGGGGAGCGAGGGGUGCGGGGUUCGAGGGCGGAGAGAGGCCCUUCAGGCGAGAGUUGGGAGCACGGGGAUUGUGGGGAGCGUGGUCCCAGGUCAGAGAAGGCCGAGCGGGGUGCCAAGGGGGAGCGAGGGGCUCCCAGGGGCGACAAGGCUGAGCAAGGGGAUGGGGGUCCCCGGGGAGAUCGAGCUCUUCGGGCUCCCAGAGGGGCGGACCAGGCGGGGCUGUGGGGGGCAGAGCAAGGCGAGUGGGUGGAGCGUGGCCCGGCCUGGGCAGGGGAAGCCGAACCCCCGUUGCCCCCGGAGGAUUUCUUGCCGCCGCCCGAGUGUCCCGUCUUUGAGCCCAGUUGGGCUGAAUUCAGCGACCCACUAGGUUACAUUGCGAAAAUCCGGCCCAUCGCAGAGAAGAGCGGCAUCUGCAAGAUCCGCCCUCCUGCCGUAAGUAUGGAAUACUGUGGGCAAGGGGACACGAGUUGGGGGGCGCCCGUGGAUUUCGGAGUAGCCCGUGCCUGCCAGUGGGCAUGCGGAAUUUGGAACAGCAGGUUCUUGGUGUGCGACAGGCAGGUGCUUAGAGCAGGUGAGGGCCGUUGGGGCUAGUGUCGGCAAGUGGAGUAGAUUGAGUGGGAAUUAUAUUGGGGUGCUCCCCUUUCAGUGGGUGAGAGAGUUCAAUUUCAAGAAGCACCAGUGACAGAGCUUGGGUGUGGAUAACAUGACUUUAAGGAUAUGGGGCUGUUGUAACUCCUGAAAGGAAUUAUUGACAGCUGUCAUAGUUAUGGAAGGAGUAGAGUGUGGUGUGGAAGAUGUAUGGCCUUGGUGGGUUUGAAAUAUUUGGGUUCUUCCAGCAAGCCAUAGCAGUGGGAGCCAACCCAGUGCCCACCAGAGGUUGUUGAACUCCAGUUCCCAUCAGCACCAACCAGAGUGGCCUAAGAUCAAGGAUGAUUGGAGUUGUAGUCCAACAAUAUCUGGAGAUCACCACGCUAGGUGUUUUUAGUCUUUGGGAUGCUUGUCUUGGCAUGAUAAUAAGAAUGGAUACGUAGCAUCUGUGGGUGCUAGAGGCAGUUUGGGAGCUGAGCCAUCACAUUGGAGCAUCACUUGUGACAUAAUCAGUGAAUGGAUGCUGAGUAGAUGAGCAAGUUGAUGGAGUGAUUGGCUUUGUUUGGAAGAAUGUUGAUUCUCUGUCUUCAUAGUAUUUGUAUCAACCUCUGUCAUAUUUUUGUGGACUUGGAAGAGGCUUCAGUUUCUGAUUGCGUUGUCAAGAUGUGGUGAAAUGUGUGUUUUGAUGUAGAGCUUGUUCUUUUGCAAAGUUGUAGAAGUUGUAGAUUGGGUUAUCUCCUGCUUCUAUUACUUCAUGAUUAUUUCUACAUUCUGAUGUCUCAUGAAUUUCUUAGUUUUUCCCUUGCUGGGCCUCAGCUGUAAACUGCACUACAGCUAACAGUUGCAUUCAACAGUGAUGAGGUUAAGCUUAUAUUAUUGAUUUGCAUGUAUGUUAUUUAGUUCUUUCCCUGUUGUAUUAUUUUGAUGCAGGGGAACUGGUCAUAGCCUAAAGAUUUCAAAACCCAAAACAGAAAGCAUUUCUGUAAUGUCCAAGUGACAUAAACUUUGUCUAAGAAGCAGUAAAGGGAAAGGCUAGUAAGUAUUAUUAGAGCAAUGCUGCUUUUCUAGCAGAGAUUGUAUCAAACGAGGCAUUGCAUAGAGUUUUGAUUCUUCUGUGGGACCAGAAGAGAUGGUGAAAUGGAAUUCAGGUAGGUGUGUCUAGAGGAGAGGGCCCAUCUGUUUUAGCAUUUCUUGCCCUCUGGUCCCACUUAAGCUAUUGAAACAACUCCACCCACCCUUCUUUCUCUUCUUCACUGAGAAACUAUUGUGGUUUUUAGUCAGUGUACCAACGUCUGUCCAGUGAAUAGCUUUUUUGUGAAGGUAAAAUGGAACAUUUUGAACAAGUGGUUUGUUCCACAUUUGUUUCUAGAGAGGUAUAUGCUGUCGUUCAAACUAGUCAGUGUCCUCCAUAUCGACUGUUUCUGCUGUAGUCAAGCUUGAUGUAGGAUGGGAACCUGGACAGUGUGAGUCUGGACAAUGAUGUGAGUCUGGACAAUGGUGCCUAAGAGUUGUCUUGUUAACAUGUUUGGUUUCCCUCUUCCAUUUUUAGGUUUUGGAAUUUUAAGAGGCAUUACUGUUUGAUAUCUUUGUCAUGAUUUUGUGUGUGUGCUAACAUUUAGUAGAAUGUAAGGCAUUGUAGAUCUGCUUUAUUCCUUAAGCAAGCAUUUCACUAGAAAUCAGCAGUGUGAUAAAAUGCCUUGCAACUGAGAAAACAGGAAUUUUCCAACUUAGUCUGCCUCUUAAGUUUAUUUUUUUUAGUUGAGUUAUACUGUUAGAAACCAAUAAAAUACUAUUCUUUGCUGCCACGAGUCCAAGAAAUAGCACAUAUUUAUAUGAAUCAUAUCGGAAAGGGGGGACACAAAUCCUGGUGGCUGUUCAAGCUGAUCGAAAUUAAAAUGUGCAACCAUCAAUUUGACCCACUUUUGUUACGAGACCUGGAAUCUCUCUGUCUCCCUCCCCCCCUCUCUCUCUCUCUCUCUCUCACACACACACACACACACACACACACACUCCUUCACAGGCCUUCCCUUGUCUUUAUGUCUGGCAUUUGAUGACCAUAAGCAGUUGCCCCACCCUUGAAGUGCCUGUGUAUCAGCAUCAGCAUAGUUCAGUUCCUGUAUGUCCAGUGCCUUGGGGAAGAAUAUUGCUAAUGGGUGAAAGAGACACUGAUGAUGUCCUGUACUUCUAUCUGUAUAAGUGGUCCAGAUGAAGACAUACACAUGCGCACCACUUUACACUGCCUAAUGCAUUCAUGCUUCACUAGGAGGCAUCCAUGUGGAAAGCUAGGCCUCUUUCAAGUGUCAGCUGUGUCUCUGCUUGAUCUCUCUUGUGUAUGGGGGGCUGUUUUGUUGUUACAUCAAGGGUAUUCCCCCUUCUGCCAAAGUUUUCCUGUUUUUAAUCUAACUAACGUGCUUAAGCAGUCUAAGCUUAAAAUCAAAUGGGAUCCUGUGAGACUACUUUCUGAGUUUCAAGGCACGUAGAUAUUUAGCUUAAUCCUUGCUCAUGGUGGUGUGUUGUGAGCAAAAGUACUGGAAUCUCUUGCUGUUUAGAUUUAAAAGAUUUACAUGUGUGCACAAAGAGCAUUGGGAUCCUAACCACACCAUCUUUCCCUCUCAUUCUCAGGACUGGCAGCCUCCCUUUGCUGUGGAAGUGGAUAACUUCCGGUUUACCCCACGAAUACAGAGGCUCAAUGAACUAGAGGUGAGUCUUGCAAGUGUACAGACAGAGAACUGUAAGGUUCCUUGCACAUUUUUGAUAGAAUGAAUAGGCUAGCUAAUACAGAUGCCGUGCCUUCUUGUUUUUUGGUACUGGAAAAGGUUAUCAGGAGAAGCCUUUAAUCAAUUGCAGCAAAAUUAAUAUAAUUCAAGAAAUAUGAGAGCAUCCUGGAGGAUAAUGAGAAAUUGUGGGAUUUCUGGGUUUAAUGGCUGUCAGAUUUGUAUGUAGUAUAUUUAUUUGUAUUGUAGUAAUUGUUUUACAAUGUAUUUUAAGGGUUUCCCCACAUCUUCAUUGCUUUAAUUAGAGUAUCUAUGAUUCUCUGCUCUUGUUCUUUCUUCUCUUGUACUUUUCAAAUAAUUUAUGUGCAUAAGGUACUGGCAAGAUGGUACAAUCCUAUACAUGUCUACUCAGAAGAAAGCCCCAUUGAAUUCAGCGAGUCUUUCUCCCACUUAAAUGUGUAUAGGAUUGCAGCUUGAGUUGUAUUUGAUGAAAUAAGUGAACAUUCUGAGGCUGCAAUCCUAAAUGCACUUGUUAAGCCCUGUUGGAGGCACUGAGAAUUACUUACAUAGGAUUGUGCUGUAAGGAGUUAAGGUGUGAGAUGGUGACCUAGCACUCUAGCUUCCUUUUUGGAGUGAAGUAGUCAAAGUUUAAAGUCUUAGCUACGUAGAUGAGAAAAGUUGAAAUAUUACUAUAGUGCACAUGUCUAAGCCGAGUUCAAUGAGUGUGUCUGCUAUCUACAAAACUGAUUUCAUCAUGGCACCAUGAAAAUAUGUUAGAGGUCAGUAAUUGGUGAUUGAAAGAUUCCAUAAUUAGUCGGAAACUAACGUAAGUCAUUGAUAUGAGAAAAGCUGACUGCAGUUUGUCAUGUCCCUAUUACCAGGCACAGACCAGAGUGAAGCUGAACUAUUUAGACCAGAUUGCAAAGUUUUGGGAAAUCCAAGGUUCUGCACUGAAAAUCCCCAAUGUAGAGAGGCGAAUCCUUGACUUGUACAGCCUCAGCAAAGUAAGUUGGAAACUAAAUUCCUCCAUUGAAAAUAAGCUAUUCCUUAAAAACAGAGAUGGGAGAUAAUAUGUAAAGUUUAAAAGGGAUGGUAGAAUGAAUGGAUUUCAUUACUGGUUUGGUGAAGGGACUGCCAGGGCUCAGCCUUGGGUUGCUGUGGAUCAUGAUUUGGAGACAGGGAUAGGAAAAACCGAGUAUGAUACUGGAAUAUGCAUUCCUUUUGUGUGAUGAUUGUGUGGAAUUAGCCAAGCUUGGGAGGAAUAGUAUUUCUCAAUAUUUUUGUAUUCCAGAUUGUGAUGGAGGAAGGUGGAUAUGAAGCCAUCUGCAAGGAUCGGCGGUGGGCACGAGUGGCUCAACGCCUUUCCUAUCCAUCGGGGAAGAACAUUGGAUCCCUUCUUCGCUCCCACUAUGAGCGCAUAAUCUACCCUUAUGAAAUGUACCAGUCCGGUGCCAACCUGGUGGUGAGUAGCAGAUCUCUUUACAACAGUGUUCCGUAACUUCUUAAAACCUCAUUGCGCUUGCCAUUUCCUUCUUAUUUUAGAUGCUUAUAGGAAAGAUUGGAACCUCCUGAAUGCAUUCCCCUUGGGAACUAUUCUGUUCUGGAAAAGGAUUUUUUUGUAGGCAGGAAGGCAGAGACUUGAGCUGCACAAAGAUGUCAUGUGCUCCCUUGUGUUAGUCUCUUGCUCUUGUGGGAGAGCUGGAUUGCUAUCUGAUCCCUAGUGAUGGGGUCACUGUAGUCAUGAGGUCUGUUUGGUGCUAAUUCUACUCUCCCCCAGCAGUGCAAUACCCAUCCAUUUGACAACGAAGAGAAAGACAAGGAGUAUAAGCCACACAGCAUCCCAUUGCGCCAAUCAGUUCAGCCAUCCAAGUUCAACAGCUAUGGGCGCCGGGCCAAGCGUCUGCAGCAGGAGGUGAGUAUAAGACACACCUUCAGCCCUAAUUACAAUUUUUGUUCUAGGUUGGGCCAGUCACUAAUUCCCAGGGCUGUUACACACAUGCAUCUCCCUGACUCUGCAGAAAGCCUUGUUUCUUCCUAGACCUGCUGGGGUGCAUCCCUCCCACAUAAAGAAGUCUUGUCCUCACAGGUCUUAAAGACUGGAAAUGUUUGUCUUUGGCUCUUCUGGGACAAAGCAUUGCUUUUGGAAGGAACAAGCUCAGUGAUUUUAAAUUUCUAUAGCAGGAAGAGAAAGGAAUGGUGAUAAGACCAAGUAGAUGAGAGUUUACAAACGUGGGUGUUCUUUUCUAUAGAAGGGAUAUUGCCUCACAUUUUUGUGUGCGUGCUUCAUCUUUAUGAGCAAACAAUGUAGGUUUAAGCCUUAGUCAGCUGUGAACCACUAAAGGUUUAUUGGAAUGUAGUUUUGGGUUUUUUUAAAAAAAUGUUUUGUUUUUUGUUGUUUGGUUGGUUUUAAGAAAGCAAAAUCUGACUAUUCUUGUACCUGUAUAGUAUGUGUAAAUGUUGAAUCUAGUUGUUUAGAGCAUGUUCAAGGGACAGGUGUGUUUAUGCAUUUUAAUUAAUUAAAAUACAUAAGCUGCUUUGCAGCAGCUUCUUUGAAAGUGGCAUGCAAUAAAAUAACUAAAAUAUGAUAAAGAUUCAAUAAAAGAACAGCAGACACCAUGUCAUUAAUAGUUGGAUUAAAAUAUGCUGGUUUGUGGAGUACGGAUUAUUCCAAGCUGAAGGCCUGCCUAAAGAGGCUGUCUUUCAGUAGAGGAAAGGGGUAGAGCAGACUCACAAGAAAGAGCAUUCCAGAGUAUGGGUGCUGCAGCUUGAGGGAGCCCUGUCCUGCAUAGCCACUUGCUAUCCUUUUUUCCAGAGGUAGGGAAAACUCAUAGGUGAAAAAGCAUAUUAUCACAGUGGGAAGUUGUCAGCUGCAUUCCAGUAGCGGGUGGGGGGCCACCAACCCCAAAAGUGGAUGGAGCCAGACCACACAGUCAUAUUCACACACACUCACACGCAAAGCUAUUUCCCAUGGAAACGGAGACGUAUGUUUAAUUCUUAGUAGAUCUGCUCUAGUUUCACCAUUUCUAGUUUGUUUUUAAAAGUGUAAAAAAAAAGUUCUUCAAAACCCUUUAUCCUGACUGCAAAAAGCACACAAAAAACAAAAAAUACCCUAUAAUACCAGACGAAGAAUGCAGAAAACCUCAAUGCAUCGCUAAACUUCAGGCCCUGCUUUGCAGCUAUUCAAAGCCUCAUUUCAUGCAUUCAGUUGCAAUAUGUACAGAUGCUUUUUGCAUAUUUGCCAGGAACACAAGACUACCUCUUGGCUGAUCUUCUUACAAAGAAAGGAUCUGCAUUUGCACACUUUGCACAACACCAAAGCAUUUUUCCCUCUCAGCCAUUCCCUGCUGAACAGCUGAUAGGUGGGAGUGGAACUGGCGAGCCUGAAGGAGUUCCGCUGAGUUCUGUAUCUGGUUCAGAAGUUGGGAGUUCCCAGUCCCUGCUUUAGGCAGUGGUGGAACAUGGAGCAAGACCUUUCUGCCAUAUCUCAGCGGGUGAGCAGGAUCAUGAAGAGCAAACAACAUUUUGGAUGUCCUUGGCCCAGCCUUUUAAGAACUUCUUUCAGGGUUGGCAGGGACAUGAGUCUUGUGGUUAACAGUGUGCAAUUGGAGUGUAGCCUCAUAUAUUUCGUUUUCAGUUAUAAAAUGAAAGACACAACCGAUAAUGGUAAAGGGGUUGGGAGUUCCUCAUCUUUAGGAGCAUGGAAAUUUAUUGGGGUAUGUCUCGCAAACAAGGUUAAAUCUUUGGCAUGAAUUAAUCUGAAAUAACCUCAUGAUUCCAUGGUCUUCAUCAUGAAUAUGGAUUAGAAUCCCCACUUUGUCUGUUUACAGUGAAAGGAUAGCUCAGAACCCACAUUUUCCUACUCUCAAAACUCUGAAAGAACUAGGGUGACAGCAUGGUUUAAAGGUGUGAAGGGCUAGCUAAUCUAUAUUAAGGUGCCUUGGGUGUCUAUAGAGGAUGAGGGGCGGUGGUAAGAAUUAAAAUUUCAGGAUUAUUUCUCCCUUCCCACGUUUUAAGCUUUGCUGUGUUGCUGAAUAGUUCCUCUCUUGAUUCCCCAUCAGUAAAAUGAGCCAAAAAAUAGUUUUCCUCCCCUUUUCUUCUUGCCCCUUCCCCCACCAUGACUACCCUGAAAUUCUUGAGGAAUUCCAGGGGGAGAGUAAAGCCUAACCAGUUGUAGCUCCAUUGUAGCAGAUGGCUUUCAGUUGUAAGGCACCUUAAUUCCUUUCAUUUCUAGAUGUUCAAGAAAAAGAAGUCGUAGACCAGGCAGCCAUCUCCUUCAUUACAAUCCAGUACUACUCCCUUCAUUAAAAUUCCUGCAGCCCUGUUGUUGAUCCCUACUCCCCACUCAUUUUGUCGCCCUCCUACAGGAAUCCGAAUCGUGCCUUGAGCCUCCCAGCGCCCCAGCUCUGUUACCUGAGCGAGCGCCUCAAGCAUGGGUACAGUUCCUGUUCUGUCCAUCUCUCCUGCCUCUCUCUUACUCUUACUUAUCCUGCUUCAUGGCUGGAAGUCCAUAGACCACAUAAAAUGAGAAAUACGGCCUAAGGAGACUAAAUCUCCCAUAAUACACUCUUGACUUUUGUUUAUGUUGCAGUAUGGCAUGUUUCACAUCAGGGAUGUAUGUAAUCAAGAAUUCCGUUGCACAAUGUGAGGUUCUGCCCCAGGAGCUCAGUCACAGCUUAGCACUAUCCUUGCAUUAUCCAGUUCUCCCUAUGCAACAGUUCUUCUCCCCAGUCUAUCUUCUACUGUUGCUUUCCUUUGCUGCUGCUUUCUUUGAGUGUUUGUGACACCGUUUAAGGCUGGUAACCUUAUAUAGUUAUCCCCUUUCUAAUUACACCUUCCUUGCAGCCAGAGCCAACAGAGGAAGACAUUGAGAAGAAUCCAGAACUGAAGAAACUGCAGAUUUAUGGUGCUGGGCCUAAAAUGCUCGGUUUGGGGCUUGUGGCCAAGGACAAGAAUAUGCGCAAGAAAGGUGGGAAUUGUGAGCUAGCCCUGCAUUUGAAAAGCCAGAGGCAGAGUCGGCCCUCUCCAUUCCUAAGGUUUUUUCUCCCCAAAUAUAGACAAGGAGAUGCCUGAGUGCCCUCCAACAGUGAUAGUGAAAGAGGAGGCCCCUGUUCCGGAGACUAAGCUGGAGCCCGCAUCACCCCGACGCUAUGCAAACAUGAAGGAGGAGCUGAGGCACAGUCCAGAACCUUGCACCAAGAUGACAAUGCGCCUGCGUCGCAACCACAACACUCAGUUUGUAAGUGGAAUCUUCUGUGUUUGCUACUCAUUAGUCAGGUGCCCUCCAUUUGCCCCUCUAUAUCCUGCCGUUGCAUUAAGUAUCCUUUGUUGGCGGAGGAGGGCAUCUAGAGCGGGUUACCUCCUCUCUCUUGUUCAAGGUCUCAGGAUCUCAUUUUCCUCUUUAUCUGUGAUGGGAUGGAUCAAGACUGACUAAUAGAUGCUGGUUGCAGGGAGAUCACAGUCACACUUUGCCUGCUUGUAUUCAAUAGCUGAAUCACCGUCCUGUACUUUCCUUUGGAACAUGCAGUGAUGGCUGCUGUCAAAGAAACACCAUUGAUAGGGUUUAGCAGACGCAUCUUCUUGAUUCUUAUAUGAGUGCUUAGGGUUUGCUCCAUUUUCUUCCAGAUUGAGUCUUUUGUUUGUCGUAUCUGUGCACGGGGAGAUGAGGAUGACAAGCUCUUGUUAUGUGAUGGCUGUGAUGACAACUACCACAUCUUCUGCCUAUUGCCCCCCUUACCUGAAAUUCCAAAAGGCGUCUGGAGGUGUCCUAAAUGUGUCAUGGCGGUAAGGGGUCCCUUUCUGCCUCGUGACAGCAGGCACAGUGGAACAUUUCUUGCACGUCUAGAUGUGAAGAUGCCUGAUCUAAAUGGAUCUGGUUUUGAUUAAAAAAUAAUUAUGAAUCUACUGCUAACCUGAUCAUCAUUGAUAAUUUGGUGGGAGGGGGCAGUGGCCAUGUCUGAAUCCUUUUACUUAUUUUUUUCUGUCUUUGUUCUUCCAAAGGAAUGCAAGCGCCCCCCAGAGGCUUUUGGGUUUGAGCAGGCCACUCGAGAGUACACACUACAGAGCUUUGGCGAGAUGGCAGAUACUUUCAAGGCAGACUAUUUCAAUAUGCCUGUACAUGUGAGUCACAGUACCCUCACUGUAGGUUAGGCCAUGGGCUAGUAGGACCAACUUAUUUCUGGGAAGGUUGUGGAAUAUGCUGGGUGCUGGAAGCAGGGAACACAGUAUCCUGUUCUUUUGCAGAUUCUGCCAUGCAGUUUCUAGUGUCUUGAGUUUAAAAAUGUGGGGUCUGUAUUCUUGACUUCUUCCUCUGCUUCUUUUCCCAGAUGGUGCCAACAGAGCUGGUGGAAAAGGAGUUCUGGCGCUUAGUAAACAGCAUUGAAGAAGAUGUAACAGUGGAGUAUGGGGCUGAUAUCCAUUCCAAGGAAUUUGGAAGUGGCUUCCCCAUCAAUGAUGGCAAAAGGCAGCUCUCUCCAGAGGAAGCGGUGUGUACCCUAUUGAAGGCAGACAUCCUCUUGCCUACAUAUCUUAAGCCCCUCACCCUUUGUAACUUGAGGCUUACAUUGUACUACUAGCCUUACCCUCUUCCUUAGCUCUCUACAUGUGAUUGCAGGAGUAUGCAGCUAGCGGCUGGAACCUCAAUGUGAUGCCAGUGCUGAAGCAAUCGGUGCUAUGCCACAUAAAUGCUGAUAUUUCGGGCAUGAAGGUUCCAUGGCUCUACGUGGGCAUGGUGUUCUCUGCUUUCUGCUGGCACAUCGAGGAUCAUUGGAGUUACUCUAUUAACUACCUCCACUGGUAAGACAUUGGGGUGUGGAGGGGAGGGGCCAUGGAGGCUGGAUUUUGUUGUCGAGUGCAAGGCUUCUCUAAAGGCAGCCCAAGUGGGAAGUAAGAAAGUCACUAUUACAAAGAGUAAAAAUUUAAAAAUCACAAAUAAGGGUGAAGGAAUAUUUUAUUUUAUUUUUAUUAAAUCUAAAUAGAAAGACAGAUGAAAGAGAAAACAGUGAACACAAGUCCGCUUUCAUGGCACUUUGCAUGGAAUUUAGAGGACCCCAGAAAGAAUUCUGCUAUAAUGGAGCUCACAUUAUAUAGUCUUUAAAUAAUAAGCCUUUAAGAUUAGCAGUGCAGCGAGCACGCUUUCUUUUGUUACUCUGUCAGUUUUCCUCUCUUUUUCUGACUUCCUUCACUACCACCUGUUUUUGAACCUUGAUGUGAACCAGUUUGGGAGACAAAAUUUGUCUGAAAUAAAAUUUGCCUCUUUCUAUACACUUCAGUAACCAUAUGUCUUGAGGGGGCAUUUUGAGGCUGCAAAUCAGUGGAUGCUCAGGCUGCCUUCUCCCGUAUUUUAGGGAUAGCUGAAAGCAGCACUUCCUGACUCAAUUUCUUUUUCAGGGGUGAGCCCAAAACCUGGUAUGGGGUCCCAUCAUUUGCUGCUGAACAUCUGGAAGAUGUAAUGAAGAAGCUGACCCCAGAACUGUUUGAGAGUCAACCAGACUUGUUGCACCAGUUGGUGACGCUCAUGAACCCCAACACACUCAUGGCUCAUGGGGUCCCAGUGAGUAAUCUAUCUGUCUAAGUAGCAUGUAUGUGUGUCUCCCUUGCACUGCCCUGUUCUCAUUGCUUCCCCCUGUAUGCUUCUGCAGGUUGUCCGAACCAACCAGUGUGCUGGAGAGUUUGUCAUUACCUUCCCUAGAGCCUACCACAGUGGUUUCAACCAGGGCUAUAACUUUGCUGAAGCAGUAAACUUCUGUACUGCUGACUGGGUGAGUCAUAUUUCUGCAUUUUUAGAAUAUUUUUCUUGUAAGAAAGAGUGUGGUGGGCUACCAAAGCAGGACUUCAGGGUGAUGAACGUGGGUUGCAGUUUAUGACUGUGGAGUAUGUAAGGUUCACCUGACAAUCCUGGGAGCCAGAGAUCCUCAGUUGUAUUGACGAAUGGACUUCUUUCUUUUUCUUCUUAGUUGCCAGCUGGUCGCCAGUGCAUUGAGCACUACCGCCGCCUCCGUCGAUAUUGUGUGUUCUCACAUGAGGAGCUUAUCUGUAAGAUGGCUGCUUGCCCUGAGAAGCUGGACCUGAACUUGGCAGCUGCUGUGCACAAAGAGAUGUUUAUUCUGGUGCAAGAGGAGCGCAAGUUGCGCAAGGCUCUUCUUGACAAGGUGCAGGGAAAUAUGAUGGGUAUAUGAUGCAGGGGCAGGGAACAAUUGUAUGAUAGCUGUGGAUGCCUGAGCAGUUGAUCAUUGUUUCUUCCCACCCCAGGGUAUCACGGAGGCAGAGCGGGAGGCCUUUGAGCUGCUCCCAGAUGAUGAGCGCCAAUGUGACAAGUGCAAGACAACAUGCUUCUUGUCAGCACUAGCUUGCUAUGAUUGUCCAGAUUGUCUUGUCUGCCUCUACCACAUCAAUGACCUCUGCAAGUGCCCCAGCAGCAAGCAGUACCUCAGGUGGGCAGAAAGAAGUAGACUGCUUUGUUUGUUCAUUUAAAUGCAUUUAUAAACAAAUUUAGACUUAUAAAAAGCUCUAAGCAGUGCGUAACAAAAAAACAAAAUAAAAAAUUACAUAAAAGCAACAAAACAGUUUAAAAGCACAUGAAAAGAAGAAAUCAGGUAAUUUAACCAGCCAGAGCAAAAAGACAUGUAAAUGCAAGACAUGUAAAUGCGUUAUUUUGAACAAGUUAUUUGUCUCCACCCCUUAUUUGUAUUUGUUUCCCUACAUCUGGCUGACUGGCCCUUUCAGCGCUGAAGGCCUGAACUAGGUGAUUUGAGUAUUAUAGCAUUGGAAACAUGUGACACUGCUUUUUUUUAAAAAGCAGCUAAGAUCUUAAGACUGUUUUCUUGGUGUCACUUUAGAGGAGAGGUGCUGAGUUGGACACAGGGAAAUGUAUGGUUUAUGACUCCUGAAGUGUUACUAGGCUCAGCUUCCGUAUAGGUGAAAUCGUCAUGACUGUCACACUUCAUUCAAAAACAAAAUUAACAUAAGCAGCCAUCUGCCUAGCACACAAAAUUGGCAACAGUCACAACUGUUCUAGGAGUGAUGUGUUUACCCCAGUGGUCCACACGGCAGCAUCUUGGUACCCUGACUCAGAUGUUGGGGUUGGGAGACACCCUGGGAAAAAAGGGGGGGCGGGCUUGGGAAACUUGUUGAGAACAUUGCAAGAGAAUGGCACAUCUGUGCCUGCCUGACAUUUCAGGCUUGCAUGUGGAAGUUUGGAGGAUACCUUAUUACUAUGUUAAGAGUGCUCUGAAGUGCUCCUAUAAACCUCUUGUCUGUAAAAAGGCUGCAGAAUAGGAAUACUGAAGGUUUCACUUUUUCAGAGAUGCUAACUUGGAAGUGAGAAGCAGUAGCCGUUAGUAACUAUGACACAAUGAAAGUGAUAGGAAGAUUGACACUAAAAUAAAUUGUAGGUGCAUUCAAAGUCUUAAAAAGAUGGUGUGUUGCUUUGUGAGAGGAGGAAAUAAUAGUUUCAGUACAGGUUGUUAGGUAUGAUUUGAUGGUUGAUGAAUGGACUUUUGUGGGCUUUGCUCUGAUUUUGAGAUCAGACUGAUCCCUUCUUUUUACUCCUCCAUUCAGGUAUCGGUACACUCUGGAUGAGCUCCCAGCCAUGUUACACAAGCUGAAGGUUCGAGCUGAGUGCUUUGACAUGUGGGCCAACAAGGUUCGAAUUGCUUUGGAAGUCGAAGAUGGACGCAAAAGAAGUAAGUGACCUUGGGCUUCUUAUUUCUUAAGGCACUGGUGUCUUCUAACGAAUAAGGUUAAUCUCUAUGGUCUCAGUGGGGAAGUGUGCAAUUAUCCCCCAAGGCCCUGCAUACAGGCUGAGGUAUGAUGUGAGCAGAAAGUAUGCACCCUUGCUGUAAGCAUUAGGACUUCCUUUUGUUAAGUAGAAUGUGAGAAAAGCAGUGAUAAGUGGGACACGGUAGUAGGAACUGAAGCAUAAAAUUCAGAAUGAGAGUGAUGGAGCUGGGAAUCAGGUAAUGUGUCACCCAAUGAUUGAGAGACAAGAAUCCCACAAUCGUUGGAAAGCUUUUGGCAACUCAUGGGCUUUUUUCUGACCUGGGUUCCUGAGGUUGAUAGCAGGAGGUGUAGCUGAAGAGGUGUAAUUGGCUCUGAACUUCAUGGAGUGUGUCUGCUCUUGCAGCCUUGGAGGAAUUGCGUGCCCUAGAGUCCGAGGCACGUGAGAGGAAGUUCCCUGAGAAUGAGCUCCUUCAUCGACUCAAAAGCUGCUUGAGUGAAGCAGAGAAGUGUGUCUCAGAGGCCCUGGGUCUGAUAAGCAGCCAAGAAACUGGGUGAGUGAAGACUGCAGAUAAUGAGUUUUAUAUACAACAAUAUAAAGUGUGGAUGGCAUAGUCUUGCAUCCAACUUUAUAUGUCCAUUGGGCUGAGGCAGUCCGUUUUCCAGGGUGCCUCUUCUGCAGGGACACUCUUCUUUGUUUUCAUCGUACUGUAUUGGUGAGGGGGCUGUUUUCUUCAGUAGUUUUCUGUGGGAUCAAGUUUUGUUGUGUUUCUCUCUUUAUAGCUGCUAAGUGCAUUCUGUCCUUUUUCCUGCUUGCUCUUACAGGGAACCAUCAGUCCAUAUGACAGUGGAAGAAUUACGUGUUUUCCUAGAGCAAAUGAGCAACUUGCCUUGUGUCAUGCACCAAAUCAAAGAAGUCCAGGUGGGAUAAUUGGUGGUGUAUUGUGGCCCCCUGCCACAACUGGAGAUAUAUUGUGCUCCACUGGGAACACUGAUGACUGGUGUUGCUUUCUAGGUGAAAGGAAUCUGUCUGACUUGAUGAUAUGUAUCAUAUUCUAGGGUGUGUUGGAGAAGGUGGAAGCUUUCCAAGCUGAGGUUCAGGAAGCUCUGCAGGAUCUCCCAGGCAACUCCCCAGAGCUGCACAGACUGCUGGCUCAGGGAACAUGCCUAGGGGUGGAGGUGCCAGAGAUGGAACUACUGGAGAGACAGGUGCAACAGGCUGUCUGGCUGGAGGAGGUCAAGCAGACUCUGCGUUCACCCCAAGAUAAAGUCACUCUAUCUGUUAUGAGAGCACUCAUCACCUCUGGUUGUGGGGUUGCACCUAGCCUUGCUGUGGACAAAGCCAUGGCUGAACUACAGGAGUUACUCACUAUUGCCCAGCGUUGGGAAGAAAAAGCCCAGAUGUGCCUGGAGGCCAGGUGAGGUUUAAGCACCAUUGUUGACAGGGAAGAGUUCAGAUGUCUGAGUAUUCACAGCUCUUGUUGGGAGGGUUCACCUCAACAGAACUUAGUUAUUUGUGUAUGUGCCAAAACAUGCCCAUGAAAAUCCUUGUCUGAUGACUUCCCUCCCCAUCACUUGCAGGCAGAAGCACCCACCAGCUACACUAGAGGCCAUCAUCAAAGAGGCAGAGAACAUCCCAGUGCACCUGCCCAAUAUCCUGUCACUCAAGGAGGCUCUUUCUAAGGCACAGGCUUGGAUUGCUGAUGUUGAGGAGAUCCAGGUGUGCUGUAGCCCUGAGGAUUUGGGUAACUUUGCUGUAAAGGCCCCAGAAUCACACAGUAACCUCUUCAAUAUGUACUAUAACCUCUUUACAGAAUGGGGAUCAUUAUCCUUGCCUGGAUGACCUGGAGGGGCUUGUAGCUGUGGGUAGGGAUUUGCCGGUGCGUCUGGAGGAACUGCGUCACUUAGAAGUGCAAGUGGCUACUGCACAUUCCUGGCGGGAAAAGGCUUCCAAAACCUUCCUCAAAAAGAAUUCCUGUUACACGUUACUUGAGGUUAGUGAUGGCAUUGUGCAUGUGAGAUGGGUGGAUGCCAUUCUAGGGCCUGACCUCUUGAAUCAAAGGCUUCAUCCCUCGCCUCUUUCUCCCAGGUGCUGUGCCCAUGUGCUGAUGCCGACUCGGACAGUGUCAAACGCACCAAGUGGCAGCGGGAGAAGGAACCAGGCCUAUACAAAUCUGAUACAGAAAGCCUGGGCCUCUCAGCACAAGACCUCAGGGACCCUGGCUCCGUUGUGAGUGGCUGGCUUGAGAGGGCUGUUUGUAUUAUGAAUGGGAUCUGGGGCCUUUUCUCCUAUGAGAGGUGUUGGUUCUGAACUAGCCCCAGGUUGGCAGGAUUGUUUCUCAUACCUUCACCUGCAAUGGUGAUGGAUUUGAUUUGAUCUAAUAUUUCUGAGCUCAAAGCAGCUCACAGUCAUCACAAUAGCAUUAAAAAACAACAGACACUGCAAUCACUAUACUAUCAAACACAGUAACACAUGAAUAAAGCAAACAACAAAUUCUUCAAAAUGAUUGAUACAAUUCAAUAAAAUCAUAGCAAUGCUUUAGAUAUUUCGGAGGUCCAUAUUCAAAAUUUAAUGAUUCUGAAAGCAAGUAGGACUGCAUUGCUAUUGAAAUAUAAAAAUUGAUAUGGUGGACUUGUGCUUUUGUAGAUGAGUACAGUGGUGCCUCGCAAGACGAAAUUAAUCCGUUCCGCGAGUCUCUUCGUCUUGCGGUUUUUUCGUCUUGCGAAGCACGGCUAUUAGUGGCUUAGCGGCUAUUAACGGCUUAGCGGCUUUAAGAAAAAGGAAACAAACUCGCAAGAACUCGCAAGACGUUUCGUCUUGCGAAGCAAGCCCAUAGGGAAAUUCGUCUUGCGGAACGACUCAAAAAACGCAAAACCCUUUCGUCUAGCGAGUUUUUCGUCUUGUGAGGCAUUCGUCUUGCGGGGCACCACUGUACUGAAGAAUCUGGGAAAUGGGUGGCAUGUCUGGAUUUCUGCUAAUAACUUGCUUUAGUUCAGAGUUGGGGUAGCUGUAACCUUCCAGCUCCUAUAAAUGCCCAACCAGAUAGUGCAGCAACAUCUGGAGGACCACAGAUUUCCCAUCACUAAUCUAGUAGUACCUUGUUUGGAGAAGGGGAAAUUAGGUUCUAGUGAGGAGAAUGGGAUUCUGCUUAAGUUUUUACUUCUGCGUAAUCACGACUAUGUAACCUUGUGCCAGCAGAUCUUGGCCUUCAAAGAAGGCGAGCAGAAGGAGAAAGCGGGGAUCCUACGCCUACGUCAGUCAAAUGCCCAGAAGCCUGUGCCAUCAACGCACAGUCCUCCUGGGGGCCAGUACUGUGUAUGUUCCCAGCCUCCAAGCCCUGCUAUGCUGCAGUGUGAACUGUGUCAGGACUGGUUCCACACCACCUGUGUGGCUUGGCCCCGCCUUGGCAACCCCCGCCCCUCUCCUGCAUGGUGGGAAUGGGAAGCAAAAUUCCUCUGCCCACUCUGCCAGCGCUCUCGCCGGCCCCGCCUGGAGACGAUCCUGGCUCUGCUUGUAGCCCUACAAAAGCUUCCUGUGCGACUGCCUGAGGGAGAAGCUCUACAGUGCUUGACAGAGCGAGCCAUUACAUGGCAGGACCGUGCCCGCCAGCUCCUAGCCUCCUCAGAUGUAGCAGCUGCCUUGGAGCGUCUGGCGGGGCUGCGGCAGCGACUGGUUGGAGAUUCGGCCAAGGAGGCAGGUGCUCUCAAAGAGAGCAGCUGUAAUGAACAGACCAAGGUAAGUGAGUACAGGGGGAGAUGGGUUGGUUUUUAGUGCUAACUAGUCAAGUCUGGAUUGGGAGCGUAAGUGUGGUGCAUGUAUUUGUCUUUCAUAUAGGUGUGUUUGCUUUCCAGUGGCAGAAUGUUCUUAUUUUGUAGAAACGUCAGCUUAGCAAUAACAAUAAAAAGUAAAUGUAUAGAUUUUCUGUCCAAAUAGGUAUCUAAAUGAGACUGGUGGUUAUAAUCCACAUGUUCCAUUGUAGAAAGAGCAGUGAAAUCUUCGUACAGUUGUGCAGUCAGUGGAUGGUGGGUGUUCAUCCUUCCAGCCUUUGCAAUAAGGAACUUCUUUUGUUGUACAUUUGUUAGUGCCCAUGCCUACUGGCAGAAUUCUGAAUACACUUUACUGUAUUUGGGGCCUUCGAAGAAUUUGGUAAUUUUGGCUUUAAAAAAAUGUAAAUUACAAAAAGAUACUGUAGGGAGGGAGAUAAGGAGGAACAAUAAUCUUUCUUUUUUACAAAAAGAAGUGCUGGAACCAUUAAUAUGCAACAGAAUGGAACCACUUGGAAAAAUACAAUUCUUUUCCAGCUUCUGAAUCUUAAAUCUUUUCAUCUGUUCUGGAAACCAAAUCAUUAUUUGAUUCAGAUCAAUAUGUGAAAUUCAUCUCCCACCCCUAUUGCUUGGCCUUCAUCUCCCUUGCCACACUGCUAUAAUAACAGGAGGAGCCACUGCUGCCAGAAUUUUCCUGCAUCUAGCCCUUAUACACCCCUGCCUGCCCACUUCCUGUUAUUAAUGUGCAGUUAUCCUAUCGCCAGACACUGUGUGUUAUUUUGCCCCACGUCCAUCACCCAUUGGUUCUUCAGGCCACUGUCUAGUUUAUCCCACUUGGUUUUAGCCACCCUCUUUCUGGACCACCACCUCCAGCAUUCCUCUCUCUCUCCGUCACUUAGUAUGCAGCACCUCUCCUUAAGCACUGGAAAGUUCAUUCAGUGUCCUUUUCUGCUUUUCUUGAUUAGUCCCUUGCCUCAAUUCCUAGUUUUCUCUGCAUUUCUGCAAGCCUUUUUCUCCUGACACUUUCUACAGGUCUCUCAUUGUAUUGCCUAUUAUGAACCCCCCUUUCCGUAGCUGUUUCAUGUCCUGGGACCUCCUCACAGUCCUUAGACUGUGUGUGAGAUUUCAGCCUCACCCAAACCUACCACUUUCUUCCCUCAAAAGCUGGUUUGCCAACUGCUUUGUUCCUUAAACAGCUGAGCAUUCCAAUCCAUCACACCAGUUUAGCCACUCUGUCUCUCAAAGGUUUGAACAUGACAAAGUGUGAUGUAAUAUACAUCUUUUGAAUUGCCUUGCCUUGACUACCAUGAUCUCAAGUGAAUCUCUCUGCAGGGCUACAUUAGUCCCUGUGCAGAAACUGCAUUUGUGACGUGGAAGUCCAUUUCAUCACGCAUCUUCUUUUGCCUCAACCAGGUUUCCUUGGAGAACGGAGACUCCACAGCUCCAGAAAAGAAUGGCUCCUGUGCCUCAGGUAUUUCUCUAGUAAAGCCCUUACUUUGCCAGCUUCCCUACGUAGAAUUUAGGAAGUUUGUAGUUGAGUGUUCCCCUUAUUUUUAGGCACCUUUGGUGUCUGCCUGGUUUAACAAUUAUUUGGGGAAAUUAGUCCUAGCCCUGUUGUGCAGCAGAGGAUUCUAGCUGUUUCUUCUCCUCAGUUGCCUUUCUGCCCCUCUCACAGACCUGGAGACACUCUGCUCUUACCUGCCACGGCUGCAGGGCCCUGUACUGGAGGUGACAGAUGCCAUUCGCCUACCCCUGGAGGAGCUGCUAAUGGAGGGAGAUCUUCUGGAGGUGACGCUAGAUGAGAGCCAGAGCAUUUGGCGCCUGUUGCAGGCUGCUUCUGCUCCCCAGCUCGACAAAUUCCACCAACUGCUAGAUGUAAGCGACCAUGCUUUCCCCCCCUCUGGGGGCAUAUUCUAAUUAUCAUCAGAAAUCCUGAUCUGAUUCCUUAUUUGUUGGGACUUCUUUCACUAGCCAUGAAUUCAUUAUGGCCUCCUUCAUCACAGGAGUGUUGGAGGAGGACUCGUGGAUGUGGCAUUUGUCAGUGAAUUAGGAAUAGAUUCAUACCUCAAGGGACUCUUAUCCAAGCUGGAGUCACUCAUGAACUGAGCAGCUGGCUGUUAUUCUUUUUUUAAAAAAAUUGUUACAUUUGUAUCCUGCCUUUCAAAAAAAAAGGUGCUCAGCUAACAGCAAUAAACAAAAAUACAAUGAAAUGCCUUGGGGCACCUUUAAAAAUGUCAUAUUUAUUGUGUCUUUAAAGUGCUGCAACAUUCUUUGUUUUCCUAACAUGGCUUCUUUUAUCCAACCUGCUCUCUAGCAGAGAGCAGAUCUAGAAUCCAGAAAAACUGAAGGCGGUUUAUUAGAAUAAGUGGUAGACUUCAGGUGUAGAAUAAGUGUGCCUGUAGUUGCAUUACCUGUGUGAAGGGGCCUGAGGAAGGGCUUAUCGUGCAGGUCAGUGCAGAGGGGUUGAGUCAUAAGUUAACAGCAUUGUAGAAGCAACUGAUUACUAUGUAGGUAUUAGAAUUACCUGCACAGGAUUAUCUUGGAAUUAGUUUUGAAUCCAUCCUUUUUCUUUUUCUUCCUUUUUGCAUUUUGCAGUAACUGCAGCAGUUGUGAUAUUCUCUGGAAGUCACACAGGGGCAGAAUUGGAGCACCCUGGUCUUGCUCUAUAUGGCAUCAAGAAAAUCAACCCUGCCCAUUGUUGUACUUUGUACAUUUCUCACAUUUUCCCAAUAUUGGGUUUCAGAAUAGUUUGAAUACUUUUGCAAAGCCUUGAGUGAGUUGGCUGCAGCAACUUCACAGGCACAGAUGAGUACCCACAUGACAGAUCUGUAUCUGUGGUGUAGUUUUGCCAUGAAAAAAAAAUUGAAAUUAAGCCAAAGCUUGCAGUAAAAGGUAAAGGGACCCCUGACCAUUAGGUCCAGUCAUGACCGACUCUGGGGUUGCAGCGCUCAUCUCGCUUUAUUGGCCAGGGGAGCCGGCGUACAGCUUCCGGGUCAUGUGGCCAAGCCGCUUAUGGCGAACCAGAGCAAUGCACGGAAACACCAUUAACCUUCCCACUGGAGCGGUACCUAUUUAUCUACUUGCACUUUGACGUGCUUUAGAACUGCUAGGUUGGCAAGAGCAGGGACCGAGCAAUGGGAGCUCACCCCGUCGCGGAGAUUCAAACCGCCAGCCUUCUGAUCGGCAAGUCCUAGGCUCUGUGGUUUAACCCACAGCGCCACCCGCGUCCCUAAACUUGCAGUAGGCUAGGAUAUUACACUGUGUAUCUGUAAGAGGCAUAAACUACGUAAUAACCCCACAUAAGUAUCAGAAAAACAGGAUUUGUCAGCCCCUGCUUUCUUGUUUGUUCCUUUUCAGCUGGAGCAAGCAGAGCGGCGUGGCACCCGUGGGAGAGGCCGAGACUCUGAGCGAAGGCGGAAGCGGAAGACAGAGCGCGGCGACUACCCACCCUUGCCCAAGGAGGAAUUAGAGCCAAAGAAGAUCCGGGGGGCAGACCCAGCGCUGCCUCAGGGUGGGGCUCCCCCUGCAGCAGGCACAGAUUGCAGCCACAAUGGAGUUGGGGUAAAUGUGGAAUGGGGCAUGUUCUGAGCUAGUAGUGGGGCACUCAGGGGUUUGGUGUUUGGUUUUUUUAAGUCAGGCGAAUAGUUAAUGUGUAGUAACUGUCUUCCUUUUUCCUAGCAGUUGUGACGGCUAGAUGAUGCCUGGAUUUCCCCUUCCUGGACUAUACUGCACUGCAAGGGACUCUGGCAGCCCCAUGUCACCCUGUUGGUUUGACUAGCACUCUGCAUGGGGGGGAGGCACCUAGUCCCAGAAGCUGGAGGCUACAAUCUCCCCCACCCGGACUCAGCACUGGCCCUGCACCAGACUAUUUUCAGAUGAUGUAAUAUUUCAUUUUCUUCUUUUCCUCCUUUUGUAUUGUUGAUACCUCGGCAGGGGGAGGCAUUGCAGGGGUCACCAUGGGCACCAAAUGCAGGACCCACCAGUUCCCUUUGGUGGAAGCAGCAGGGUGCACCCUGUUGCUGCAAGGACUAGAGCCUUGCAGAGACCUGUUGUGGGUGGCGAUAGCAGUGUGUGCUGGGAAAACCCCCAGCUCCUUGCUUCUGGCAGUAAAAGGAGUCAGGUGCCCUCUUAAGGGCAGUGCCCUGCUCCUCGUACCAGCAUUCCCUAGAUACAACAGGGGCAGCGCCUCCUGUUGCACAGAGGGGCAGCUCUCCCCAAACACCCUUAUCUUCCUCCUGGUACCUGUUGGGUUUUAUAGGAACUGGGGUAACCACUUUGUUCUUUAGGGUGGUGGACGGGGCAAGGAAUCUUCCCGUUCCACUCCAGCCUCUACUCCACCCUGACCUUCCUACCCCCAAAUCAUGGGCCCCAUGCUGCCUCAGGCUCUGACACUAAAGUCCUUUUGUCUUUCUCUUUUUAGUGUUUUUCCUUUUUUCCAGCAGGGGAGGGUGGGCUGUUGAGGGUAGGGAGGGGUGUGUUAUUUUAUUGUAUUAUGAUUUUUUAUUAUUAUUAAACUUUGGAGGUUAAUGAACUUACUUGGAUUUUGGGGGUGAGCGCCACCUCAUCCGUCAGGGGUGCUUUUAGCAGUUGUCAUGUAAAAUGUAGGCAUGCACAGGUCUAGUGACUGCUCCUGUCUUGUAACUUCCUGCUAUGUAGGAGGGUAGCUGUGGAGCACUGAGAAGCCCUGAUUAGCUGCUUUCUCCUUUUGAAAUUCUGAGUUCUGGCACCCUAGUUUUCAGUAAGAAAUAGUGUGAUAUGAUUCUUCCAGGUGCCUAAUAGUCACUGUAGAGCCAGAGUGGGGAACCUGCAGCCCAAGGGCCGCAUGUAGCUGUCAGCCUAAUCCCAUACUGCUGGUGAUGGUGGGGAACCUACCAGAAGAGGAGAAGGAGGGGGGUGGGAAAUUCCACAAUUGAUCAGUUCGGUCCUGUGGCAAAAGUAAUCUGUCCCUUUCCCUAGCAGUCCACUCUCUAGGGAGAAGUGGGUGACAGGAAAAUAGAGAAAAAGGUUGCCCACUUUUGGCAGCAGCCUGGCCCAUCAUUGGCACAUGACAGAAAGUUUCCCAUACUCUAGCUGUAGCAAGCCCUGCUCUCCCUCCAGUAGUGAAUUGCACAUCACCAAGAAAAGAGAAAGCCCUUUAGGCCAAACCUACAUACGUUGCCAAUAAGACACAAAGAAGGAAUUUGAGGGGCAAAUUGUUAUGGCUCUGAAAAUGAAUAUUUAAAACUUUUUUUAAUACUUCAGAAGCCCUACCACCCCCCAAAAAGACCAGAGAAGUAGAAGGACCAGUAGAUGACAGAAGGGUACUGAACAAAGACAGAAAGAGUGAGAUUAAUAGAUUUUUCUGUGUCAGAUGAUCUUUGAGACUUAACAGCGAGUGCACCUGAAAAGCUAUGUUAAAGGGAGGUGAGAAAGGAUGAUAUUUCAGAACUCAAUUGUCAAAUAAAAAAUUAACAUCAGCUGGGCUGGGCUGCAUGACACUUUAACCAAGGCAUUUUUCCUCCAAUAUUAAAUCAUUGAUAUUUUGUGUAAAACAGGAAAAAAAAAUUUUUCCUUUUUUUGGAGAGGAGUUGAAGGCAGGCAGUGGAAUAACAGGGUUUUUAAACAUCCAGGAAAUUAGAAAGCCAUUUCUCCAGGUAAACUGAUAGAAAGCAUUAUUUAAGACUAAGAUACUUAAGUCUACAUAGGACUGGCCUUCCUGGUGAGAAUCAACAUGGAGGAAGUCUUGCCUCCUUAACAUCUUUGGAAUUCAGUGUCUCGAACACUGAGCUAAGACCAAUCAGCAUUAGAUGCUUGGGAUUCCAGAAUGCUUUUGACUGUCCCUCCCCAUAGCUUCCUAGGAAAGCUUUGCAGUGAGAGAUGAGAGGAAGAAUUUUCCCGUGGACCAGUAACUGGCUAUAAAGCAGGGAGAAGCAAAGGGUAGAUGUGAUUGAGUAGUUUUCACAAUGGAGAAGAGCAGCCAGUAGUGUUUUAAGUGUCCCUCUUAGAAUUGAUGCUAUGUAAUAUUUUUAAUCAAACUAUAGGCAGGGAAUAGUAAGUAGCCAAGUUCUGCAAAUAACACCAACUUGUUCAAAAUGGUGAAAUUCCAAGGAGUCAGGGCAAAGCUUCAAAAGGGGCCUCCACAGAGGUGUAUACUAUUUUAUGCUAUGUGUAACUACCCUACACAAUGUGCUUUUAGUUGUUAUAAUAAUAGCACCAAGCUUCGAUGGCUUUUAAAAAGGGUUACAUAAAUGUGUGGAGGGCAGAGCUAUUGCUACCCAUCAACAAUAGAAGCUUAAUGGAAAUUACAUGUGCCAAAACACCAGAUUUUUUUGGAGGGGGGGGAUGGUAAGAUGGCUAUUGUUUCCAGCAGCUUCUGCAAAACACAAUGUUGAACUAGAUGGGGCUUGAUCCAUCAGGGAAACCUUUGGUUCUUGAGCUGGAUACAUGUCCUUCUGGAGCCUUUGUAGCACCAUUGCUAGGUUUUUUCCCUUACCCUUCCUCCUUGGUCCAGCACUUGAAGGUGGGGCUGCAGGGGUGUAGGCAGAACCCUCCUACAACUGAGGCAUAAGGCAGUUCCCCUACCGUGGGGAGAAGGAGUCUGCACACACAGAACAUGUAAAAGGGUGUCUUUCCUUCUGUAGACAAAACAGAAAAGCUGGAGAACUCCAAUCAUCUGAAUAACCUGCAGUCCAAAGCCUGCUACUGCAUUUCAGUUCAACAAGCAUUUUAUACAGGACUCAAAAAAAUAAUAAUAAGCAAAAGUAGCCUUGUCUUAUAAGAAAAAUUCCAAACUUCACAUUAGAGCAACAACUUAACCCAACCAAACUCUCACAAAAUUGUUAUCCAGAACGCUCUCAUCAGGCUAGAUGGCAAGCAAAGCAGGGGGCUGCAGGGGGGACUGUAGACAUCAGCAUUUGUCAGUCUUAUGGUGGCAUGUAGAAGGAGGUGGCAGACAUUAAAAUGAGAGACUUGAGCCUGAUGACUUGUUCCCCCAGACUAUUAAGAGGAAAUGAGAUCCCAGUCAAUCCACCAAGGAUUGCAAAAGGCAUAAAUGCACCCAUUCUGCUGGUGACCAACAGUGUUUGCGGGAACCAUUGCCAAGGCAAAGAACCGUAUGAUCUAGUUGAGAUUCCUUCAUUGGAGGGGGUUGGACUAGAUGACUUUGGGAACGCUCCCAAUGCAACAGUUCCAUGAUUCAAUGAGGUUUUGAUGAUUAAGCGGUAUAUAAAGCACAUUAAAUAAAAUUCUAUAGUUGCAGGUUUCAGGUUGCAUCUGUGGCUGCUGGGGGGAAAAGGCACACAUGAUGGAUGAAACCUGCAAAUUACCUAGCUGUGUUUCAUUUGAAUGUCUGCUACAUCCUCCCACAUUCCAUCUUACGAUUCUGACUAAAUGUAGUCUCCAUGGUUUCAGCACUAGCCAAGUCUCCCCUCCAUGCUUUUUGUUUACCUGAAGAAGCAUUCUAAAAAAUUUGAAACCUUUAUAACAUUUUGGUUCACUUAAUAAAAGUAUUUUCCUAAGUUGGAUAUUGAAUAUACAGAGCAAUUGGUCUUCCCACUCAUGCAAAUUAACUGUAUUUGCUUAUUUGGCCAGAGACCAGACAAAACCUAGGAUAGAUCUGUCUGUUGAUUACUUCCAUUCAAGGGUAAGGGUCAGUUUUAUACCUGUGUUGUAGCCAAGGUAAAAGUCAGCUUAAUAACAUGUUUUUUAUCCUUCUCUGGUGUUGACCCCUCUCAUUCUCGGUAGGUCUUUGAUCUAACUGGAUGGGGCAUUACAACUACAUUUUAAAUAUAAUUUUAGGAUCACUGUGCAGGAAUGUUGUUACUUUCAGAAAUUCACCAUGGCCCUCUGCAUUUUGUUUAGAAAAUAAACUGGCAUUUUUAUUCUCUGCAGUCUGCUCCUGUAACAGAGGGAUAAUAAACCACGAGGUUAAUGUUGAAGGAAGCCCCACCAUUUUCCUAUCACAGUAGGAAAAACAGUUUGUCAUGUUAGCGGGGGUGGUGGUGGGAGUGAAUGAGCAUUGUAAAAAAUAGACUCUAAAACCAAAGCCCCUGGAAUCUGCACUGGUCAUAUAUCUACAGCUGUGGGAAAAGCCAGUGAGCCUUGGUCCUGCAAAACCUUGGAAUUAGCCUGGACACACAACACAACACACACGAUUAGCAUCAGUGCUGUCCCCUCAGUUUGAGGAGGAGAGAGGUUUCCCCCGUCUCUGUAUCCACCCAUCUCUUACAAAGAGUCCCUUGGAAUGUCAUUCUCUCACGCCAGAGAACGUGGGUUCAAAUCCUCUCCCCGCUCUUUCCCCUCCCAUGAAGCUCAACUCCGAGGAGGGGAAUGGUGGCCUGUCCAUGGCUUGGAGCGGUGGUGGUGCUGGCGGCGGCGGCUACUGCUGUUGAUGCUGCUGCUUCUUUGGGAGUGCUGGGGACUACUUCUGGUCCAGUUCAGAGAGUGCUGGGUGGCUCUGUACCAGCUGCUUUGCUGUUCCGAGUCCCACAGAUUAGGUCCAGUGUGGGACUGGCGGCCGCUCCGACUACGCCGUGUAUCCUGGCCUUUGUUGAGCUGUCGCCAGUAGCUCUCGCAAAUGCCAAGAGCAGGGGCCUCCUGGGUGAUGGCCCCCUCCAGCAAGGCGUGUGGAAGUACGUGCAAACGAAGACGGCGCAGUGUGUGGCGGAAUCUGUUCUCUGUGCCUAUGCACUGGUAGAGCCCACCAUCAGCCGGUGUCACUGGGCCUAAAAGCACACCCUGGGGCGUGCGCAGCAACACACGAUCACGGGGCAGC